AUGAAGUUCAUUCCCGUUGCCAUCGCUUUCCUCUCCACCCUCGCCCUCGCCGCCCCUUCAACCGAGGGCGAACUCGAGAAGCGCGGAUGCUCUUGCAAGAAGGUCGGUGACGAGUGGUUUUGCUCUGGAACGACUUGCCCACGCAGUCUUCCCGAUGAGAGUCACUUCCAGAAGAGACAAUGCUCUUGUAAGAAGGUGGGCGGUGAAUGGAUUUGCAGUGGUAGAAAAUGCCCCCGAAGUCUCCCUGACGAGGCCGAGCUUGCUAAGCGUCAAUGCUCUUGCAAGAAGCUCCCCGAUGGAGAAUGGAUUUGCUCGGGGAGGAAGUGCGGACGGGAUCUUUCUUACAUGGAGGAGGUUGACUAG